CAUGCGUGUGUAUAUAAGUAACGUAUAUAUUUUACACACACAUUAUAUACACACCUCCCUUAUAAAUUAAGUUCCCAAGUUAAUUUGUUUAUCAUAUGCGUUAGGAAAAGUUUUUGAUAGAAAGCCAUAAGCGGCUUCAGCUUCUUCUUCUUCUUCUUACAACCAAUGGGUGAAGGCAAAAAUCAAAUGCUUCAAGGUCCUUGCUGUCCACACACCGGAGAUGAGAAAGAUAUUGAUGAUGAUGAAUGGGCGAUCAUGGAAUGUCAUGAUGGAGAUGAUAUCUACAACGUUACAUCAUCGACAUCCUCCCUCGAAGAUUCAACAGGUUCAAAUGGAUCAUCAUUUUCUUCGUCAGAGAUGGCAGAUGAUGCAUCUUCAUCAACUUCAAACUCAUCAUCAUCAUCAUCAUCACAAUAUAAAGGAUCUUUGUAUGAUUUAUCAGAGCUCAUGGCCCAACUUCCCAUCAAGAGAGGGUUAUCCAAGUUUUAUCAAGGCAAGUCUCAAUCUUUUACGUCUCUGUCCAGAGUGAGAAGCAUAGAAGAUCUUGCAAAGAAAGAAAGUCCUUACGGAAGGAAAAUGAAAGUAUGCAAAAGCCAUGGAGGUGGCUUGGAUACCUACAAAUCGUCAACUCUUCCUAAGCCCACCAUAUCAAAGAAAGUCUCCUCAAGGGUCUCAUUGUCACCAUAUUCUUUUUCAAGCAAAAGAGCAAAUUUUAAGAGUAGUUGCAGGUCCCCUCUAAUUCCUGUACAAAAGAACUUGAGUUCUUAAUCUGCUAAAUUCAUGCCUUAUUAGUAUAUUUACAUUAUAGUGUAAAGAUUUGGAGAGAAAUAUAUAUAUGAUGUAUGGAGAUUAUUUCUAUUGAGAGAGGGGGGAUAUGUAACAAAUUAUGUGGUCAGCUACUUUCAGUAUACCUCCUACUCAUUUUGCCUGAAGUAGAGGGGUUAAAAAGUACCAUGAAAUUUUGUUGAUGCCUUGGAGAUUAUUUUUUUCCUAUAUCCCACAGUUUGUUUGAGAAGUGAAAAACAUUUUCAUUUUA